GAGAGGCAGCAGCGGCAGAGGCAGCAACAGCAGAGCUGCUUGUCACGAAUCAAGGAUUGCAAUGAGCUCAUCCUUUUCUCCUUUGCAGCUUCACAACUGCCCUGGCUUCCUGGCUCCUGCUCUUUGCUCACGCACACACACACACUCACUCUCUCACAUACACACAGCACACACACACACACUCACAUGCUAGACCCUUCUAAGCAGCUUGUCCAUUUUUACACAUGUAUGUGAACUCUCCUGCAUCACUCUUGGCCAUUUUCUUGCAUUCGCUUGCUUUUGCUGUUUUUUUAUUUAGAUCAGCAUUUGAUUUCAUUUCCAGUCUACUUUGGGGCUCUUGCACCGUAGAUAAUUUAGCCAAAAUGUUUUUCUUGUGGAGACGUUAGCUGGCAGUUCCCACCACAGACUGGCUUGUGCGUGCUCCUGGGGAGACCUAAGCCUGGCUCCCCUCCCACCGCAGUUCUCAAAAUUGUGGAUAAGAGAUCCAGCUUUCUCAUUCUGGAUAACUACUUACUGCUCAUGGAAGAAGGGGUGCCCUGCCCAGCCCCAGCUGCUAAGCUCACAGCUCCUGUCAAAAAGUCCCAGGACAUGCACGACGAGAGGAACAAGCUGGUGAAUGAGUAUGCGUGUCGAGUGCUGGAACUUCUGGGGAUGGGGCAUCGUCUGUUUGUGCCUCGGCUUCUGGCGACCUCAAAGGAAGAUCUUCUGCAGGCUGAUUUUGAAGGUGCUUUAAAGUUCUUCAGAGUCCAGCUUCCAAAGAGAUACAGGGCAGAGGAAAAUGCAAGAAGGUUAAUGGAGCAGGCUUGCAAUAUUAAGGUACCGACCAAGAAGCUAAAGAAAUAUGAGAAAGAAUAUCAGACAAUGCGAGAGAGUCAGCUGCAGCAGGAAGACCCAAUGGAUAGAUACAAGAGGGAGAACCGGAGAUUACAAGAGGCCAGCAUGAGGCUGGAACAAGAGAAUGAUGACCUUGCCCAUGAACUAGUAACCAGCAAAAUUGCUCUGCGGAAUGACUUGGAUCAGGCAGAAGACAAGGCAGACGUGCUGAAUAAGGAGCUCCUCUUGACCAAACAGAGGCUGGUAGAGACUGAAGAAGAGAAGAGGAAACAAGAGGAGGAGACAGCUCAGCUGAAAGAAGUCUUCAGGAAACAGCUAGAGAAGGCAGAAUAUGAAAUAAAGAAGACUACAGCUAUCAUUGCUGAGUAUAAACAGAUCUGUUCCCAGUUGAGUACCAGACUGGAGAAACAGCAAGCAGCCAGCAAGGAGGAGAUGGAAGUGGUAAAGGGUAAGAUGAUGGCAUGUAAACACUGCAGUGACAUUUUUAGCAAGGAGGGUGCUUUGAAAGUAGCAGCCGUAAGCAGAGAGGACCAGGGAAUUGAAUUGGAUGAUGAGAAGGACUCUCUUAAGAAGCAACUGAGGGAGAUGGAGCUGGAAUUGGCACAAACCAAACUGCAGCUGGUGGAGGCCAAGUGUAAAAUCCAGGAACUUGAACAUCAGAGGGGAGCCCUUAUGAAUGAAAUCCAAGCUGCAAAAAACUCUUGGUUUAGCAAAACCCUUAACUCUAUCAAAACGGCCACGGGAACGCAGCCACUGCAGCCGCCACAGGCCACCCAGCCCCCCAAGGAGAGCACAUAGGUCCAGCCUCACCCAAGUACAAGAGCACAACGAUCAAAGCAACGGAAACCCAGGAUGAUUCCUGGUGUCCCUUUAAAAGGAAGGAAAGGAGGCCAGAAAGCAAGCCAGGAUCUUUCAGUAGCUCUUACUCUUUCUUGUUUGACACUUUUAAAAAAGGGAUGUUAUUUAAACUAACCUGAUUUAUGUCGAAUACCUGUUUUUGUGCUUCUUCAUGGAAGACUGUGUUCCGAUCCAUCAUAGUAUUACACAUUAUUUUACAUGCCUGAUGUUUGGUUGGAAAUAAGUAAUUCAGAACUAAAUGCUUUUUAUUUAGAACUAAUUAUUCAUAUUAUUUUUAUCUUACAUAAAAAUGGAGUUGUCUUUUAUUCCAAGUUUGAAGUGAUAGGCAGGUAUUUGUCACAGCAAGAAAAAGAGAUUGCAACCUAAACCUCUUAACUUUUCAGGAUUCAUUCAGAUAAAGCACAUUGUGAGACCAGUCAUGACCACUGUCAGGUUUCCUCCUGAAAGUGAUGCCCAGGAUAGCGGUAAUCCUAUCCAAAGGAAAGAACAGACCUGGGAUUGAACAGUUCCCAAAGACAGUUUAUUUUCAUUUUCUGUUGGGUACAUGUGGAAAUGAAGUGCCAAGAACCAUGGAAUAAGAUAGGCUAUUGAAAACACACACUAGAUAAAAAGAACUGAGAUUUUGAUAAAUGCAGGAUAAAAGAAAUCAUUUUGGUCCUGGUCUUCUAACAGGUCCUUUUAAGAACUCCACAUGGGAAUUGCGAGUUCCUAAGUAAGAACACAGUUGUGACUUCUGACAAAUGUAAAGUCAGAAGUGGAUAUUAUGAGUUGCAUCUUUAGGAAACCUUCACCAGGGAAGCCUAGAAAGGCCCUAGAAAGGAACAGCUGUUGUGCUUAGAAUGGAAUGUAGAACCAGGGACAGAGUAUUCAUUUAAUGUUGACAUAUACUUGCUAAGGAACACUAAUAUACUGUAACUUUGUUAAAGUUAUGAAAUGGGAAAUAGAAGUCAGCUUCAUAUCAUCUUAGUUUAAUAUUAGGCAACUUUUUCUGAUUUCUGUAGCUUCCUAAAAAUGUGCCCUUUGUACCCCUAGAUGAAGAGAUGCAAAUGCAUUUGUAACAUUUUUGCUUGCAUAUAUAACCUUUAUAGAAAUGCUUAUCUCAUGGAAAGGUAAAGCUAUUGUUUAAAAGUUGAUGGAAAUAUUUUUUUCAAUUAUAUUUAACAUGUCUUUAUAAAUAGUCCUUGCAGGAAAUCCUUUGGUAAGGGAAAAACUAAUUUUCCCAUUUUUUAAGCUAUUUUGGAGGGCUUUGGUCCUUUACAGCAACCAAACUACUGUCAGCUAUGUAUAGUAACAUUUAUUGAUACUCAUGCUUGGCUUCACUGUUGAACAUAUUCUUUGCAAAGUAUCUCAAACUCUGUAGUGCCAGAGUGACUCUCAUCUGUGCCAUAUGUUGCAGUUAAAAGUAACACACUCUUGGAAGUAAAAAUCAUCUAAGAGCCAUCUCAACUCCAGGAGCAUGUACUACAAGUUGUUCAUGAUGGAUCCUUUCCUCUAAAGUAAUCAUUAAACUCUAAAAAGUGAAAUCCCCUUCAUCGGUAAGUGUUCGUAUCAUCUACAGCCCAUAAAACUGAUGUGGUUGUUUGUUAUCCUUCCUUACACUCAUCAAAUUAAUACUUUUCUUAUAGAGUUCUUUUUUUUUUGUCCUGACAUCUCUCAUCAUAGUUUUCAUUUCCUUUCACCCAAAAGGAAAAUAGCAUUCUGAGUAUCUGUGUUGACUUUAACAUUCCCAACAUGGUGGUUUAGAAAAAUUAACUUUUUUUUCUUUUUUUUUUUUUUUUUUUUGCAGAAUAUAAUGGCUAGAAAAUUGCAUCUUGGUACUUGUUUCUGUAAAUCUUUUAAUAGAGUUUGUUAGCUUUACUGGUACUUUAUGCUUUGAUCCCAAGAAGCCUUGUACAAGUUGCCUUAUCAGAUGGCUAGCUAAAUUAAAUGUUCUUUUGUGUUUUGUGAAUCUCCUAAUUCUACUGUACAGAGCUCUUUUUACAUUUCACAGAAUGCCUAAAUUGCAUAAUUUUCCUUAAAUGGUAGUUGAGAGAGAAAUAGCUCUAGGUCCAGUUCUUAUCUGUAGACCUGGCUCAAUUUCAUAGCCCAUUACAUUUUUUUCUUUAAACAAAAUAACUAAGUACAUAUAUUCCAAAUGUUUAAUAAAUCUGUCUUUUUCAUUUUCUUUUAACUCUUUUAAAAGAUUACAGUGGCCAUCCAUAGAUUUUUUUUUUCCUUUUCCAGUUCCAUAUCAUACUUGGGUAUGUGUAUUGGUACCAUAGUCUAAACUGUCCCUCACUGCAAUGUCUUUGGGUAAGUAGCAAUAGCAAAUACAGAAGGAAAGAAAAUUCAAAAGUUGGUGUAUGAUAUUAUUCAUACAAUAUUAUAAUAGCACUAUCCCAGACCCCAUGCCCUUCACCAUGUGUUGUUUGAAAAUUCAUGCAUUCCAGCAUUAAAUAACUGCUAGUUUUAAUUUCUCUUCUUUUGAAGUAUAUUUGAGAAUUGUUACUCUUCUCUUGAUUUCUUUUAGAAAGAGAUUGACCAGCUCAAAUAUCCAGGAAAUUUUCCGAUACUCUAGAGUGUUUUUCAUCUUUUCCUAGCAUACAUUAUAUAAAACAUUCCUCCAAAAAUCCAACAUUUGCAACAUUCUGAGAAGUGACGAUUUCUCCUUUCAUUAAAUUCUGCAGAAUAACUUAAGAGAAUGAAAUUCAAUUGGAUAAUUCAGUCAUUAGCUUUUAUAUCUUGAGAAUCUUAACACAUUUCCUUAAAGCUGAAAGAAACCAAGCUGAAUUUUGCAGUGCAUAUGUUUGCUAGCUUCCCACAUCCUGAGCCAUGGCACAAUUUGGUUAUAUUUAGUUACAUACAAUUUAAUGCAAAUAAAUUCUCAGUUACCUAAUGGUCUGUAUAUGAAUGCCUAUCAGAAACAUUAAUAGGAAUGUCACAUAGGCUUAUGACCCUAUCUUUCCAUGAAACCAAUAAUUCUCUUCAUCUCUCCCAACUAUUAAGUUAGUAAUUUGUUCUGCAUUGGCUUUCUUAAAUUUCCAUAAUAAAGUAGAAAAGUAAUGUUUGUACUGAUGUUGGGGUAUUUAAUAGUAUUUUUCUUGUUUCAUUGUUUUCAAAAAUUCCAUCCUCUUAUACUGUGUAUUAAUAUUCAUUUUUCUCAAACCCUUACUCCAUUUUCUUAAAAUACUUUCUAGUUAAUAACUAGUAGCUUCAUUUCCUACCUAAAGUAAGAAAAACAAGAGAAUACACAGUUUAGGGCACAAGAGAUGAGAGUUAGAUCCUUUAAGGAAUUGAUUAGUUACUGAGGAUGAGAAUCGCAUAUGUAUCUAAUGUAAGGGAUUGAGUUUUCUUUUUCUUGAGCUGAAAUCAGUCUACUCAUUAUUCUGCUAAGGUGGUUGUCUGAUUUCAAGACCCUUUUAGGGAAAAAAAGCUUUCAAAAAAUUAAGUACCCUGUUUGUUUUAUCUUUCUGGAAAAUAACACUUUUAAUUACUUAGUAAGAUUAUUCUGUUGUAUAACUUACUCUUAAAAAAAAAACCACUCUAAAGUAGCUCCAAUUCUCUUGCUUCAAUUACAGGUAAAUGAGAGCAUGGACAAACUCUGUUGUUUGAUUUGAAUGCUGUGAGAUUUGUGUAUGUGUGUGUGAUUGGUAGAAUUUUAUAUGGAGUAUCCCUGCCUCUUUGGUAUACCCAGGUACCAUGCAACUGAAUAUGUACAUGGCGAUCAGAUACAGAAGGCCAGGCACAACUCAGUGGCCUGUGUUUCCUACUACCAGAUAUAUAAAACUCUUUCUCUCUAGUUGCCAUGCUGAUUGUCACAUUGAACUGGAACUGCUUGAAAACAUCCUUCCUCUCUCAUAGUGGCUUCCAUAUAAUAUAGGUAAAGCCCUUAGGGAUUUCCUUAUCUUUCAAGAGCUACCAAAAUGAAUACUUCAGUGCAGGCUGCACCUCAAUAGGAGAUGAUGAUCUUGAGUUGUAAGGAGAAAAGUGGAUGUUUAUGAGUAGCUUAGUGACUACAGUCAAUUGUCAGAAGUCCCUUUCUUAGCUUCCAUCUAAAAGACUACACGUCAAGCUUAUCUCCAAAUGUAUUUGCUACCUGCUAUAAAAACAUGUUCAUCAACAUGUCCUACUCUCCCCACCUCCACCCCUGGUUUAUCAUUAGUGGUAUUCUGAAAACGUUAAGAAAAAAGAAUCAUUGAGUAGAAGAUGAAUAUUUUGAGUUACUUUCCUUUUUCAUUGGCAGUAAGUUAACAUGUAAAAUCUUUUCUGUUAAAAUGUAACUUUUAAUAACUAUAUAUUAUAUAUGGAAUAAAAUAUAGGAAACUGAAUGAUAAGGACAUAAACACAUCAAGACUCUGGUGUCAUGUGAAAGCACAAGAAUAAAGCCUGGAAAUGGCCCCAGAAUCCAAGAUCCCAAUAGCCUUUGCAUCAGUUUCUCUAUUUUUGGUAUUUUGCAUAAUGUAUGAAUCCUUAGUUCAGAUAAGGAAGAAAGUUUCUCAGUCAGCCCCACGUCAUUUCUUUCAACUCCUACCUUUCCCUUGCUGAGGAGGUAGUAGAAAUUCUGUGCCAUCUAUUUUUAUGAAUUCUAUGAUUUUGCCCAUGGCUUCUCCAGUGAAAACAGGUUCCAGAAUAAAGGAGUUGAUUAGCUCAAACAGUGCUAAUUGACUUCAAAAGAAAUUAGUGAGCAGCCUCUCUCCUCUGUCAACACUGACCAAUUAGAUGUUUCCAUAAUUCCAUGUAUUAUGUAUAGUACACUCUAUAAAUGUAAAUGUAAUGCUUGUUUAAAAAAAGUGCAAUUUAUUGUACAUUGUCCCAACAAAUGUUUACUUUUAUAAUUGUUAUGAACUUGAAUUGGAUUAGUAUCUUGUUUUCAUGUGUGAAUGAAGCCUUGUGAAAUAAACAAAUGCAACCGAGAAGGUAGCAAGAUGACUGUUUUUGUGAGCCAGUGAUGUUUUCAAUGCUUUGUGUUGCUCC